CGAGAGCACGAACCAAACCAAUACACUGAUUUUCAGCGCCGGCGAAGCCGUUUCCGAUUACAACGGCUCGUCGAAUUGCACCGUCCAGAAUCUCCGGCAUAGCUUACAUUCCAAAAUUCAAAUGAGAUGGAAAAGGAAAACAUAUAUUUUCCAUUUUCCAUGUCCAAGCCCGUUAUGCGGAAGGCCCGGUCCGACCCGGCCCGGCCCAAUGUAACGGGUUUUAUUUGGUUCAUGAGCGUGGAAGUGUGUUUGGUGUGUGAGCAAAAAAAUGUGGGCAAGCGCAGAGGGUGGUGCUCCGGAGGUUACUCUCGAAACUUCCAUGGGUUCCUUCACCGUUGAGCUGUACUACAAGCAUACGCCGAGGACUUGCAGGAACUUCAUUGAACUGUCUCGCAGAGGUUACUACGACAACGUUAAAUUCCACAGGAUCAUUAAGGAUUUCAUAGUACAAGGAGGGGAUCCUACUGGAACAGGAAGGGGAGGAGAAUCCAUAUACGGUGCAAAGUUUGAAGAUGAGAUUAAACGAGAGUUGAAACACACUGGAGCUGGUAUCUUAUCCAUGGCGAAUGCUGGCCCAAAUACCAAUGGUAGUCAGUUCUUCAUUACACUGGCACCAUGCCCCUCUCUCGACGGAAAACACACAAUAUUUGGAAGAGUAUGUAGGGGGAUGGAAAUUAUCAAAAGACUUGGCAGCGUCCAAACAGAUAACAACGACAGGCCCAUUCAUGACGUGAAGAUACUACGUACCUCGGUCAAGGAUUAGUAAUGGAUCAAACCAAACAAAAAGGCAUUGAUGAAUAGCAUGGCUGUGCUGUGAUGGGAAAUGUCACGACUUAUUUUGCUUCAUGAUGAAUUUUCAGAACUGACAAUUGUAUUUUUAUGCACUAGUUACCUAUUAGCCUAAGACAAUGUAAUUUUUUUUUUCAAGACUAUAUUUUUCCAUGUAGCGUUGAGAUUAUUAAUUCUGUCUAAUUUUUCCAUGUAGCCGAAGACAAUUGUAUUUUUAUGCACUAGAAAUUCUGUCUAAUUUUUGCUUGAUUAAACAAAAUGAAUAUUUUUCUUUUUCUA